AUGACCCAUAGAUUGUGCCUUCGUCAGAAUAAAAUUAAAGGUCUAUUCUUAGGAUCAACAAUUGUCACCAUUUUCCUUAUCGGUUUGACUAUACUUUGUAAUGGUCGUACUCCGAUUGUGUCCAUUGGAGUGGUCAACAACGAACAGGAAAAUAAUGGUAGCAAAAUUUUUCUGAAUAAAAUCAAUCAACAAAUACUUCAUCUUGUCUCUUACAAUUCUAGUGAAUUGGCUCAUCAUGAUACACUAAAUGAUAAAUUAUCUGGUUACCUAACGAUUUCUAGUCAAUUUACACCGGAAUUAAUUUCCAAAUACACUUUUAACGACAAUAAACUGAUUGCUUCAAAGCCUGCGAUGGUUUUUAAUGGAGAUGCGAUCAAAUUAGUUGUUUUGAAUACGAUUACCUUUAUCUUGGAAUCAGCUUUAGAUGAAUCGUUACCAGAAAUCAUGAGUUCUUCAGGAAUUAAUCCAAUUCUUGGAUCACCUUAUGCAAUUAUCGUCGAUCCGAUUGCGAAAACCGACUCACUCAAUGAUCUUUACAAUUCUCGUAAUCACUGGAUACCAAAGUUCGUCGUGUUCUGGUCAUUUACAGUUACGAUUUUCCUUUCAACAUUCACCUUUUAUCGAGAUCGAAAUGAACCAUUUUUUGAUCGUAAUUUAUCAUCAGGAGCAACAAAAGGCCAAUUUGUUAUCGGUCAUUUUAUUACCUCUUUGGUCGUACCAUUGGUCAACAGUUGGCCAGUUUUACUUAUUUCCGUUUACUUUCUUGGUUUACAACAAAAAGGAUCACUAAUUAUCGUUUGGUUAAUCUACAUCUCGAACUGUUCAACAGCGAUCGUGAGCGCUUUCCUAAUUGCAUCAGCUCCUAUUGACGCUUUCUUUGUUUUCGUCCUCUCUUCUACUUAUGUUUUCUGUGGCCUCGCGUCAACGGGAAUUGUUUGGCCUUUCCAUGCACUUCCCUACUUCUUCAAGCCCUUCACCAAGUGGAUUCCCUUAACGGUGAAUUAUGAUUCCUUGAUUCGAGUGCUGUCACAUGGACACCCUUGGAACGACCCGGUGGUUCUGUGGGGAUUAGCACACAAUCUCGGAUACGUCGUAAUUAUCUUGAUGAUCGUCCGAUUCAUUUUAUAA